GAGGAGGAGCUUGCAGGCUCAAGUAGUGGAUGCCAAUCAAAGCAUCAACUUCAAAUUGUAUCUGAGGGAUCAGCCUGGAGACCUCAGGGCCAGGCGCGUCAGUCGGAGCGCAAUUGUUGAUCUGAUCACAUCCAGCGGACUUUGCGCGAGAAAAGAGAGGAAGCCGAGAUUUAAGAGCGGGUUGUUUUGACUGCGUACACCUCUGUAUGUCUGUAGUAGCUGCGACUUUGGCUUGAACACUCUCCCUUCACUCCUGUUGGGUUUCUUUUUUUUUCUUUUUUUCCCCUCUCAACUCACACCUUUGUUUUUUUUUGUAAGCACAGUUUGUCGGACCAUACAGCUGUGCGACAUUUUGGUGGAGGAGAUGUCUUUCCCGCAGCUCGGCUACCCGCAGUACUUAAGUGCCUCCCAGGCGGUGUACGGGAGCGACAGACCGGGAGUGCUUUCACCUUCGUCCCGUGGAGGGAGCACCGAAAUCGGGGGAAGUCCUUCCGCCACCGCGGCGGCGGUCACGUCAGUGUUGGGCAUGUACGCCAACCCGUACGCACACAACUACAGCGCUUUCUUACCUUACACAAGCGCGGAUUUGGCUCUUUUCUCACAAAUGGGAUCCCAGUAUGAUCUGAAGGACAGUCCCGGCGUCCACCCUGCCAGCUUUGCAGCACACACCUCCCCGGCCUUCUAUCCAUAUGGUCAGUUUCAGUACGGGGACCCGGCCAGGCCCAAGAACGCCACCCGGGAGAGCACCAGCACCCUGAAAGCCUGGCUCAACGAGCACAGGAAGAACCCGUACCCAACCAAGGGCGAGAAGAUCAUGCUGGCCAUCAUCACCAAAAUGACCCUGACGCAGGUUUCCACCUGGUUCGCCAACGCCAGGAGGAGGCUCAAGAAGGAGAACAAGGUGACCUGGGGGAGCAGGAGCAAAGAGGACGGGGAGGACGGCAACUUGUUCGGCAGCGGAGACGAAGCGGAGAAGAAUGAAGACGAGGAGGAGAUUGAUUUGGAGAGCAUAGACAUAGACAAAAUCGACGACAACGACGGGGAUCAAAGCAACGAGGACGAUGACGAUAAAUCGACAGAGGGGGGCAGGGAACACAGAGGCGGUGUGGGUGCAGGUGUAGACUUGGACAGUUUGGAGAAAAGACGGGCCUUCGCCCUGCAGGCCCACGAGGCCUUUGAUAAAUCAAAGAGCACAGUUCCAGUUCACCCAGGGAGUAAGGAGAACUCUGACGGCAACAACAACAACACAACAAGAGUUUUUUCCCCGGACAGAUCCGGGACUUUUCCUCUCCCGUCGAACAACAAGCCUAAGAUAUGGUCUUUAGCAGAGACCGCGACGACUCCUGAUAGUUCCUCUCAGAAACCCACGUCCCCCGGUGGCCCAGCAGCCACCACGCAUCCAUCAGCCCCACACCACCAGCUCCAAACCCACCCGGCCUUCCUGCCCAGUCACGGACUGUACACUUGUCAGAUUGGGAAGUUCCACAACUGGACGAACGGGGCUUUUCUAGGCCAGAACUCCCUGCUCAAUGUGAGGUCGUUUCUCGGGGUGAACCAGCACCAUCAGCACCACCACUUGCAGCAGCAGCAGCAACAGCCGACGUCAGUAGUGGUGUCUCCGGUAGCAGCUGCAGCAGCACUCAGCAAUGACAGCAAGGCCCAUGCAGAGAGCCACAGUCCCAAACAUAUAGACCAUGAAAACGGUGCAAGGUCUGUUUCGCCUCCAUCACAGACCCUGAAGUCCUCCUUUCGACCCAUCCACGACAGAUCAUCUCUGCCUUCCAGCACCAGGAGUCCACAAGACGCCACGCAACGGGUCCUCACUGCUCUCUCCUCGGCUUGAUCAAGACAUUGUUUUUUCGUGCUUUGAAAGGAAAAGAAAAAUAGAAAAAAAAAGGAAAAGACUUUACGCUCCCCCCCACCCCCCCGAAAAGGACAAUGAGAAUAAUAAUGCAGCGUAGCAUUCAGUCGGUAAAGAACAAAUGGCGUAAUUUGGUAAUAUCCUGUGGAUGGAUGGAUUACUUCCUCUAUUGUUGUGUAGCCUAUAAUCGCGCCUAUAUUGUUACUCUCUCUCUCUGUCUCUCUCUCUCUCCCUCCCUAUCUCUCACACUCUCUCCACUUUGCCCAGACAGGCUGGGACAUUUUGGUAGGCUUUUUACUUUAUUAUAAUAAUAAUAAUAAUAAUGAUAAUAAUAAUAAUAAUGAUAAUGAUUAUUAUUAUUUGUCUCCAUCUUGUGUUUUUUGGUGUCCUUUCUUUCAUGUAAAUACCAAGUGAUUUAAAUUUGUAAAUAUAAAACGUUGAAGGAAUUUGUCCAGAUCGUAUAUUUUGCCUAAUAAACUAAAUGAAAUUAUAGAGAAA